CGAACUAGUUCCGCAGCUUGUGCAAUGUUUUGUAAUCGUAUUUACAAAAUUAUUCAAUUAAUUAAUUAUAAAUAAAAAAUGAUACGCCGCGCACAAUGCCUGCUGCGGCUGCACGGCAAUGGAGGCCAUUCGCUGGUCAGCCGCCUUAGAUGCUACGCUACGGAUGAGGGAAAUCCGAAACAGAACCCGAAUCCAAAUCCCAGGGCACAGAAACCCGGCACAAAAAACCUGCCGGCAUUGAGGAACCCCUUUACCGCCGCCCAGGACAGGACGAAAAACAGCUACCUGACCAUGGUGGAGAUCUUCCAGGAGCGCGACGUCCACCGCCGCAACCACGUGGAGUUUAUCUACGCGGCGCUCAAGAAUAUGGCAGAUUUCGGGGUGGAAAGAGACUUGGAGGUCUACAAGGCCCUGAUCAACGUGAUGCCCAAGGGCAAGUUCAUACCCACCAACAUGUUCCAGGCGGAAUUCAUGCACUACCCCAAACAGCAGCAGUGCAUCAUUGAUUUGCUUGAGCAGAUGGAGGAUUGCGGCGUGAUGCCCGACCACGAGAUGGAGGCGAUGCUGCUUAAUGUUUUCGGCAGGCAGGGACAUCCACUGCGCAAGUAUUGGCGCAUGAUGUACUGGAUGCCAAAGUUUAAGAACCUCUCACCGUGGCCACUGCCCGAUCCUGUUCCGGAUGAUACAUUGGAAAUGGCCAAGCUGGCGCUGGAGCGGAUGUGCACGGUCGACCUGCGGUCCAAGAUCACGGUUUACGAGACCAGCGAGCUGAAGGAUGCCAUCGACGAUACGUGGAUCGUGAGCGGAAUGAGUCCCGAGCAGGAGAAACUGCUGCGGGAGCACUCUCGCCAGAAAGCUCUGUACAUCGAGGGACCCUUCCACAUAUGGCUUAGGAAUCGGCGGAUUAACUACUUUACCCUGCGCGCCGAUGCAGAUUCCGAGUUCCUGUCUCAAUUAGAUGAGCGGCAGCUGGACGAGGACGAUGUCUCCCACAUUGAAGUACCUUUCUUCGGUCGUGCUCCACCAAGGCGACACAAUCAGCUGGGCAAGCUGCGCUCUGUCCACCAGCAGGACGACGGAACCAUUAUGGCCAUCUGUGCCACAGGCACCUCCACAAAGGACUCCUUGCUCUCGUGGAUUCGCCUGCUGGAAGCGAACGGAAAUCCCUCCAUAGGAGAGGUACCCGUCCUCUUCCGGUUCACAUCCGAAGUGCCAGCCAAGGCGGAAGAAAUUGAGGGUGGCGCCAGUGUCCCGGCAACAAGUGAUAGCAGUAGUCAAGAUGAGCUUAAUAGCAGUAGAGCGAAAUAAACAAAUUGUUGAGCA